CUUCCAAACUUCAAUUUUUUUUUUUUUUUGGUGAAAUAACAAAUCACUACCGAGUUGAGCCAUCAGUCAUCAGUCAUCACUAAUCGCUUCUUCUUUCCAAUUAUUUCUUGAUGCUGCUAUUGGAAAUCUAGCUGAUUGUUUUCAGUUUGCUUGGUGAUUUAUUAGAUGGAGGGAAUGCUACGCGCUUGCUUUGGGAGAACUUAUGGAAAUUCAGUUGAAAUUGAACCUGAUGCUUGUUCAUAUCUUCAGCAAUCUGGUUUUUAUUAACAUACGUAUGUGUAGUUGAAGUAGCAGCUUUCAUAAUUAUAAUUAUAUGCGUGAAAGCAAACUAGCUCCAGAUUAAGUUGUCGAUGUUUUUCGGCUAAAGAGGGAUUUGGUGGCUGAUAUUGUAGUUGUGAGGCUUAAAUUGAAUGUGUUUGUCUUUAUGUGAAAAUUUGCCCCCAAUUCGGUUCAUGUAUGCUAGCCCUAAAACGAAUGCCAUAUAUCAGCGUGUUUCAGUGCGUCUGAGAUGUAAAUUGGUUCCCUUUUAGGCCAAUUGAGUUAUUUACAGUUCAAUUUUGGAAUAUAUUCUCUUAACUGGUGAAAAGCUCAGGGGAAAGAACUUCAUCCCCACGAGUAAGUCAUGCUUUAUUUCUUUCCUGCUUCAGGUCUCUCUAAAGACAUACUAUUAUUUUGCUUAUCUGUAAUGUUUAAGAGCGAUCUGUUUCAGUUAUCACAGGAAAUAAUUUAAGUACAUGUAUGCAUGUGCAUAUGCAAAUUUUGUUCAAGUUGGAUUCUUAAAAUGAACUUGUAUGCUUAGUUAAUUACUAUUCCAAAUAGGAACUUUCCCAAUAUUUGUCCUACAUUUUGGAAAUGUUAGUGUCUGCUGGAAACUUCAGUUUCGACUCUUAUACAUGAUUGAUGAAGAAUCUUAUUUGUGUUUCUUUUGUUAGGAUUUGUAUUGUCAAGAUAAAAAGAAGUCGAAUAACUUUCUGAUUGAAUUGUUUCCAUUUAUAUGGAUACCCAUGGAGACUCUGGGAGUAAUACAACACGCAAACCUUCGAGGAAAAGGAGGAGUAAUUUGAUACGUCGUCCUUUGAAUGAAUCCGAAUCUCCCCAAGAAAAUAGAGAUUCCAUCUCAUUAUCAUCAACUCCAUCAGACCACGUGAGUGAUGCACCAAGUGUGGGCAAGGAGUCCUUAACACCAUCACUAAACCUUGGUGAUGCUAUAACCGUGCAUAGGAGUUAUGACGAAGGUGACACAUUGGAUGAAUCAACUAACCUCAGAAGUUCUUUUGAAGAUAAUCCUGCAGCAGCUAGCUGGAAGAGUCAGCAAAUGAAGGACAAUAAGAUGAGCGAACAAGCGAUUGGUGAUUACCAUUCUGAGCCACUAGGAACAGCAUCUGAUGGAACUGGAAACAAAGUCAAUAAGGUAAAACUCAAGGUUGGAGGUGUAACACACACCAUUCACACAAGAUCUAGUUCCGGCAGUUCUUCAAUAGCUGGAACUUUUGCUGCAAAGUCUUCGUCAGAUGCAAAUUAUCCUCUCCCUAAGGCGAACCGUCAGGAAAAUCUUAAUCUUCAUGAUAUAAAUGAAAAGGCGAAUCUUAAACUUCGCGGUGUGCCAUGGAAAGAUUUUUCAAGGACUGGUUUUGCUUUUGGAAAAGUGGAUUCUUUUGGGGCAGAUAUACCUGAGGAAUCUGUCAAGCAAGCUGUAAAGCAUGAUAGGCCAUCUAAAAACAAGUCCAUGAUCAAGAAGUAUUCGGAUGAUGAAGUAUAUGAUGAGGAUGAUGAUGAGAUUCGGUACCUUCAAAAGCUCAAAACUUCAAGAAUCGCAUCUUAUGAUAAUACAGAGUAUGAAGAUGGUACCAUUAGGAGCAGGAAAUUACGGAAGAUCUCUAGGGUAAUGGAUAGAAAUAUUGAAGAUUCUUCUUUGGCUAUUAGAGAUUAUGGCUCCUCGAGAUCAGCCAAAGAACGUAUGAAAUCCAGAUCUGCAAGAGCACCUGAAGAUACUGGAUAUACGGAGGAGGAAGAAUCAGCAUCUGAUGGUCAGAUCGAACACAAGAAUAAGAAACAGAGAAAGUCACCACUUGAUGCCGCUAAAAACUCCAAAGAAAGCUCAAUCACUACCCGCCGUAGAGCUACUUUAUCUGGCAGAGAGGUCUCACCUGGUUUGGAUGCUAAAUCUAUCCAAUUCCCAGACGGGUUGCCGCCUGCCCCACCAAGAAAGACAAAGGAACAACUAUCAGAAGUGGAGCAACAACUGAAAAGAGCUGAGGCUGCCCAAAGGCGUAGGAUACAAAAUGAAAAGGCUUCUCGUGAAUCUGAGGCUGAGGCAAUCAGAAAAAUCUUGGGUCAAGAUUCCAGUAGGAAAAGGCGAGAGGAUAAGAUUAAAAAACGGCAGCAGGAGCUAGCACAGGAGAGGAAUGCGAAUGGUGCUACAGUCGCACCCGAUGCUGUUAGAUGGGUCAUGGGACCUUCAGGGACAGUCGUAACGUUUCCUGCUGAGGUUGGCCUUCCAAGCAUCUUCGAACCCAAGUCUUGCAGCUAUCCUCCACCACGAGAGAAAUGUGCCGGCCCGUCUUGUACAAAUGUGUACAAGUACAGAGAUUCCAAGUCGAAGCUUCCUCUUUGCAGCCUGCAGUGCUACAAGGCACUACUUGAGAAGGCACAACCACUACAUGCUUGUUAAAAUGGUUUAUCCGUCGCGACAUUCUGCUUCCAUGGUUGUCCAGUUGAAGCUUUGGUAGGAAGAUUUUCUUCUCAGAUGGAUGUAUCAAGGAAAGAAAGCAAUGUAAUGAGGUAUGUAAAUAUAUGAUAAUGAUCUGAAUCUGUGUCAUGAUGUUCCAACACCACUGUUGCUUCAAAGGGUCUUGGAACUGCAAGAAUCUCCAAGUUAAUGCACUUAUAUUAUUUGAAAGUAAA